GGGCCGCUGGCCGGUGCUGGCGGCAUGGAGGACGGCGUGCUCAAGGAGGGCUUCCUCGUCAAGAGGGGCCACAUUGUCCACAACUGGAAGGUGCGGUGGUUCACCCUCCAGCAGAACACGCUGCUGUACUACAAGCUCGAGGGGGGCAGGAAAGUGAUGCCUCCCAAGGGCCGCAUCCUGCUGGACGGCUGCACCAUCACCUGCCCUUGCCUGGAGUACGAAACCCGACCACUCCUCAUUAAACUGAAGACUCGAACAUCCACGGAGUACUUCCUGGAGGCCUGUUCUCGAGAGGACAGAGACGCAUGGGCCUUUGAGAUCACAGGGGCCAUUCAUGCUGGGCAGCCGGGGAAGGUCCAGCAACUCCACAUAUUGAAAAACUCCUUCAAGCUGCCCCCUCACAUCAGCCUGCACCGCAUUGUGGACAAGAUGCAUGACAGCAGCACUGGAAUCCGGCCGAGCCCCAACAUGGAGCAGGGAAGCACCUACAAAAAGACCUUCAUAGGCUCCUCCCUGGUGGACUGGCUCAUCUCCAACAACUUCUCAGCCAGCCGCCUGGAAGCCGUGACCCUUGCAUCCAUGCUCAUGGAGGAGAACUUCCUCAGACCAGUGGGCUCCCGCAGCCUGGGGGCCAUUCGCUCUGGGGAUCUGGCUGAGCAGUUCCUGGAUGACUCCACGGCUCUGUACACUUUUGCCGAGAGCUACAAGAAGAAGACCACCUCCAAGGAAGAAGUCAACCUUAGCUCGGUGGAGCUCAGCGGCACUGUGGUCAAACAAGGCUAUCUGGCCAAGCAGGGGCACAAGAGGAAAAACUGGAAGGUGCGACGCUUUGUCUUGAGGAAAGACCCGGCUUUCCUGCACUACUACGACCCUUCCAAGGAGGAGAACCGGCCAGUGGGUGGGUUUUCUCUUCGUGGCUCACUUGUGUCUGCUCUGGAGGAUAAUGGUGUUCCCACUGGAGUUAAAGGGAAUGUCCAGGGAAAUCUCUUCAAAGUGAUUACUAAGGAUGACAUACACUAUUAUAUCCAGGCCAGCAGCAAAGCUGAGCGAGUUGAGUGGAUUGAAGCUAUCAAAAAGUUAACGUGACAGGGUUCUCAGAGAACAGGACCGGGAUUCUUCUACUGGAUGACACAGACGGAUUCCCUGGAUAAAGACUUUUGACUUCUUUGUAUAUUUUGUACUGCUCUGGAGUGAGACAAAGUCCCUCAGAUUACAAUCCUUCCCUACCUUAACAAUGCCGAGCACCUGACUUCUGCCCAUCACAGCAUCUUCCGGCAGCAACGUAGGUUUUUCCUUUUUGCAACACUUAACUCGUCAUGUUGUGCUAAUAAAAUUAGUCUCAUGAGGGUUCUCUCCUGUGAAAUGUCAACUCUUGACUCACUUGGAAUAAACAUUGGCAUGUUUCUAGCUAUUCCAAUUUCUGCAUAAGCUUUCAUGCUUGAGGCUAUA